AUGUCUGGACGUGGUAAGGGCGGGAAGGGUUUGGGUAAGGGGGGUGCCAAGCGCCACCGCAAGGUGUUGCGUGACAACAUCCAGGGCAUCACCAAGCCGGCCAUCCGGCGUCUGGCCCGGCGUGGCGGUGUGAAGCGGAUCUCUGGUCUGAUCUACGAGGAGACUCGCGGGGUGCUCAAGGUGUUUUUGGAGAACGUGAUCCGUGACGCUGUCACCUAUACGGAGCACGCCAAGCGCAAGACGGUCACUGCCAUGGACGUGGUCUACGCGCUCAAGCGCCAGGGACGUAGAUUCACUACACUUUUGUGUGUGCUCUCAUUGCAAAUGGCUCGUACGAAGCAAACAGCUCGCAAGUCCACCGGCGGCAAAGCUCCGCGCAAGCAGCUCGCUACUAAAGCAGCCCGUAAGAGCGCUCCGGCCACGGGUGGCGUGAAGAAACCUCACCGCUACCGGCCGGGCACCGUGGCCUUGCGCGAAAUCCGUCGCUACCAGAAGUCCACCGAGCUGCUGAUCCGGAAGCUGCCGUUCCAGCGCCUGGUGCGAGAAAUCGCCCAGGACUUCAAAACCGACCUGCGUUUCCAGAGCUCUGCGGUGAUGGCGCUGCAGGAGGCUUGCGAGGCCUACCUGGUGGGACUCUUCGAAGACACCAAUCUGUGCGCUAUUCACGCUAAACGCGUCACCAUCAUGCCCAAAGAUAUCCAGCUGGCACGUCGCAUCCGUGGGGAAAGGGCAUGCUUGACAACCUUGGGCUUAGCGGCCUUGGGCUUCACAGCCUUAGCAGCACUUUUGGCAGCUUUCUUGGGCUUCGCAACCUUGGCCUUCUUUGGGCUCUUAGCCACUUUCUUGGUCACAGUGGCCGCGGCCGGCUUCUUCGCUUUCUUCGGUGUUUUCUUAGCGCUCUUCUUCGGAGUUGCGCCGCCAGCCGCCUUCUUGGGCUUCUUGGUUGCCCCAACUGGCUUCUUAGGUUUGGUUCCGCCCGCCUUUUUAACCUUGGGCUUGGCUUCCCCGGAGGCUGCCUUCUUGUUGAGUUUAAAGGAGCCAGAAGCACCGCCGGCGGCAGCCAACGCUUUUUUCAGAGCAGCCAGAGAAACUCCGCUGCGCUCUUUAGAGGCGGCCACAGCCUUGGUGAUGAGCUCUGACACCGGGGGACCGGACGCCUUACGAGGCGUCCCCCCAGCCUUUUUGGCCGCCUUCUUCUUUACAGGAGCCUUCUCCGCAGGAGGCGCGGCAGCGGGAGCGGCAGGAGCAGUCUCGGACAUGUUGAGAAUCAACAACUCGGGUACAAGUGGCAAAACGCCGAUGAAGCAGCGCCUGGAAAAAAAAAUUCCGCGCCAACUCAUGUUGUUUUCAGUCAGGUCCGCCAAGUUUGUAUUUAAGGAACUGUUUCAGUUCAUAGCUUCCACUGCGAUAGGAAUCAUGUCUGGUCGCGGCAAAGGCGGAAAAGGUUUGGGGAAGGGUGGUGCUAAGCGCCAUCGUAAGGUGCUCCGGGAUAAUAUCCAGGGCAUUACAAAACCGGCUAUUCGCCGUUUGGCUCGGCGCGGUGGCGUCAAGCGCAUUUCCGGUCUUAUCUAUGAGGAGACUCGAGGUGUGCUUAAGGUUUUCUUAGAGAACGUUAUUCGAGAUGCCGUCACCUAUACGGAGCACGCCAAGCGCAAAACUGUCACAGCCAUGGAUGUAGUAUAUGCCCUAAAACGUCAGGGGCGCACUCUGUAUGGCUUCGGCGGCUGAAUCAAAGAAUACGCGGUCUCCUGAGAACUUCAAAAAACAAAAACAAAAAAAACCCAAAGGCCCUUUUCAGGGCCGCUCACAAAGUCGU